AUGGUCACAUCAAUAUCCCCCCUCUACGGCUACAAUGCCCCGUCAUCGACACUUUCCAAACAGCCCCUACACGUGGCCGGCAUUCUAACCACCGUCUUCGGCCUCGAUGAGCUUCCGCCGGAGACUACCGAGGUAGUCUGUCUGUGGCUGCUGCAUCCGCGGCUGGAUAGCCAGGAGGACAUGGCUGGUGUUGCCACCACGGUUGUCGAUUACUGGAAUCAGAAAUUAAAAGAAAAGGGUUCAGGACGAAGUAGAGGAUUGAUUGCGGUCGCUUUUGAUGCACGGAAUCAUGGGAGUAGGCAGGUCGAUGAAGCGGCGAAUCAUGCGUGGAGGAAUGGGAAUGAGAGGCAUGCGCAGGAUAUGUUUUCGGUGUAUAUGACUACGGCACGAGAUGUUUCGAUGUUGAUUGAUUUUCUGCCUGGGUAUAUCUUUCCUAAGGGCGAAAGGACGAUAGCAACGCAUUUCGCUCUGGGGAUUUCGCUCGGAGGACAUGCGGUGUGGUUGUGUCUGUUGCAUGAACCACGUGUCACGGCGGGUGUUGUUGUUGUGGGUGCGCCAGACUAUGUGAAUGUGAUGACGGAUCGAGCGAGACUGUCGAAACUGUCCUCGUGGAAACGGGGUGACACUCCAGGCGCGAAGUUCCUGGGUUCGGAGCAUUUCCCGAAGAGUCUAUUGGAUGUAGUGGAGAAGAAUGAUCCAGCUGGGUUUCUGCUGAGCCAGACUGAGCAUUAUAUCAAGAAUGGGCCUGUCAAAGUGGGCAAGUUACCGGAUCCUACUCCUCAGGAUAAGGAACGUUUACUGCCUCUUCUAAACCGUCAUUUGAAGGGAAAGAGGAUUCUGAAUCUGUCUGGACUGGCGGAUAAACUGGUUCCCUAUCGUCUUUCGGAGCCGUUUCUGUCGUGGUUGAAAAAGGCUAUUGCUCCUGGGGGCUGGUUCGGUGAUGGCGGCGUUCACUUGGAAGAUGUUGGUUUCGAAGGCGUGGCUCAUAAUUUCACGCCGGCGAUGAUGGAGGAAGUACUGCGGUUCGUGGACGAUUCUAUGUCAGCUCUUGAUGAGCCGAAGAAUGUAGGCACGGUUCGUGAAGCCAAAAUAUAG